GUGACGCCGUCAUGGCCGCCUCCUUCGCCCGGGGCGGCGUGAACGGCGGGUUCAUGCUGCAUGCUGCCAGGGGCUCGUGGUGGGGCCGGACCAGGGAGGUGGCGGCGCUGACGUCCAGGAGCUUCCGGACAGGCUGGCGCCCGGCACUGGGGGACACCGGCGGCCCUGAGCAGCCUGGGGACGUGGUGAACGUGGUGUUCAUUGACCGGGCCGGCCAGCGGAUCCCAGUGAGCGGCAGAGUCGGGGACAAUGUCCUCCAUCUGGCCCAGCGCCACGGUGUGGACCUGGAAGGAGCCUGCGAAGCCUCCCUAGCGUGCUCCACCUGCCAUGUGUAUGUGAGUGAGGCCCACCUGGAUCUCCUGCCUCCCCCCGAGGAGCGGGAGGACGACAUGCUGGACAUGGCGCCCCUGCUCCAGGAGAACUCCCGCCUGGGCUGCCAGAUCGUGCUGAUGCCCGAGCUGGAAGGGGCAGAGUUCACCCUGCCCAAGGUCACCAGGAACUUCUAUGUGGAUGGCCACGUCCCCAAGCCCCACUGACGGGGCCAGCAGGACCAGCCCGGGACUGCAGUGGCCCUGGGGCCAGGACUGAAGGAAGAGCCAAAAAGCCACCAGCUUGGCCCAGAGUACAGACCCAGGCGAGAGACAGGCUGCAGGCACUGAAGGGCGAUAGCCCUGCUGAGGACAGAUCCCCUGGCCAGGCUGUGGUGGGGACAGGGCCCCACUUUGGGGUGCCUUCUCCAAGACCCUGAGACUCAGAGUGUAAAUAAGGGUGGACUCAAGUUUCAGCUGCAAUAAAACUGUGUUGCAGCUCUCCGGCAUGUCGAGUGUCUUUGGGGACCAAUGCCAGUUAGAUCUGCAGCCACUUCUGCUGC